GACAACCCCACUUCGGCUUAAACUGUUGAGCAGUGCGUGUCUUGUGAUGCUAUCGGCUCCGCGUCAUGUUAACACACCAGCUCAUAUUUAAUCACUGGUUUAUUGUUAAUUCACAACGGCGAUAACGCGGAGAUACAGAUUUGGUGGAUGCGUGUGAUGGUGAUGUGACAGUGGAGGCACCACCAUGGAUAGUUACGGGCCCAGGCCGCCACCCCUUCCAAGAAGGGUGCGAAACAUAUAUGCUGAGCCUUUUUCGCACGAACCGAGGCUGGCGCCGGGGCUGCAGCAGACGCAGCUCUCGCAGCAGCUGCCCGCCAGCAGCGCGACCCUGCAAGGGGGCCCCCAGCAGUCGCCGCUCGUGAUGCCGGUGUUCCCCCUGCGACCGGCCCAAUCGACGCAUCCUCCGCACUAUUCACCGUACUCCCCGUCCAGGUUCCACAUCGACAAGCGAUGCCAACACCGAUGCUCCUGGAAGUGUCUCAGCAUCGGCCUCAUCCUCUUGGCCGUGGCCCUCACCGCCAUGUUGGCGUACUUCGCAGCUGUGAGUUCGAUGAAGCCCAACAUGGACUCAUCAAACUGCAUCCUGGUGCAGGAUGUAAAGGACGUCACCCACGACCAGAUGACGCAGGGUUCCGUCUCGACGCAAAUGCCAACUGAAGAAUCCCUCCCAACAAGUACGGCUGAGCACUCCAGUGCUACAACCCAACACAGUUCGCUCCAGCCGCCCCAACAGCGCAGCCAACCCCAAACGCAGUACCCGCCACUGCCGCUGGAACAGCGGGAAUUCAACACUCUCCACACCGUAAUCAUACCCCCCUCACAAUUCUGGAAUUCCGAAUUCAGGAACAAACAGCCAGCGUUCAUUCGCUUCAAUUUCACCUUACCUUGGGGGGCGAACUUUGCGGUUUACGGCCGGAGAAACGUAGCCCCAAGUGUGACCCAGUACGACUUUGUCGAAUUUAUCAAAGGGGGGCGUCUGGACCACAGACUGAGGCGCAAACGGGCGACGGAAGAAGAAGAGUUGCAUCCACAGUUUAGGUUCGGGUACGAGAACAAGAACUUGCAACGGACGGACGUUUUGGAUAGCAUUUCGAGUUCGUACGAGGGCACUCGUAAAAUUCUGGCCGACUCGGAGCCAAAGGGGCCGUUCUACGUGCCUCACAACAUCAAGCUGAGUUAUGAGGACUUAUCGACGGAUUUGCCGCAUCCGACACUCGACCUGGGGUUGGGUAUUGACGAGCACGUGAUUGCGAAAAGAGAGGCCGAUAUGGAGCCCAUGCUGGUGAAUGUCAGCCUUCUCCAAUACUUGGACACGGGCCGCUGGUUCCUGUCGGUCUAUAACGACGAGCUGCAGCCGCACAGCGUAUCGCUGAUCAUUUCAGAGGCGGAAGGUGUGAGCACGACUUGUCCUAACGACUGUUCGGGACGCGGCUCCUGCUACCUGGGCAAGUGCGAUUGCAUCGACGGCUUUCAAGGGAUCGACUGCUCCAAGAGUGUAUGCCCCGUUCUGUGCUCGGGCCACGGCCAAUACGGCGGUGGCCUAUGCCACUGUGAAGAGGGUUGGAAAGGUGCCGAAUGCGACAUCCCCGAGAGCGACUGUCGCGUGGCCGACUGUUCCGGCCACGGCCAAUGCGUCCGAGGCUCCUGCCACUGCAAACCAGGCUGGAAGGGCGAAACCUGCGACGAACCCGACUGCGAAGACCCCACUUGCUCCGAGCACGGGGCUUGCGUCCACGGCCAGUGCUACUGCAAAGCCGGCUGGAAGGGCGCCAGAUGCAACGUCAUCGACGAGCAAGUGCACAAAUGCCUCCCCACGUGCUCCGACCACGGGGUCUACGACCUAGAGAGCGCCAAAUGUGUCUGCAACAGGCACUGGACAGGACCUGACUGCUCUCAGGCGCUUUGUAAUUUGGAUUGUGGGCCUCAUGGGCGGUGCGAUUCUGGGAAAUGUCGGUGCGAUGUGGGAUGGACGGGUUCUCGCUGCGAGCAAUUGCCGUGUGAUCCCAGAUGCCAGGAACAUGGGCAGUGCAGGAAUGGGACGUGCGUGUGCUCGCAAGGGUGGAAUGGACGGCACUGUACCCUUCCCGGUUGCGAGAACGGCUGUUCGGGCCACGGCCAGUGCACCCUCGAAGAAGGCCUCUACAAAUGCGUGUGCAUCAAGGGCUGGGCCGGCUCUGACUGCAGCAUUCCCCUGGAAAUGGAAUGCGACGACGACGUCGACAACGACCACGAUGGUAUGACGGACUGUUCGGACAGCGAAUGCUGCACGCACCCGUCAUGCUCCGACCACAUAAUGUGUCUCUCCAGCAACGACCCGGUGGAGGUGCUCCUCCGCAAGCAACCGCCUUCCGUGACGGCCUCCUUCUACCAGCGCGUCAAGUUCCUGAUCGAGGAGAACUCGGUGCAGUCGUACUCGCACAUGGACGAAUACACCGAGAGCGAGUUCUGGAAUUCCUUUACACCGCGCCGUGUAGCAGUAAUGAGAGGUCAAGUUGUUACACCUCAAGGACUUGGAAUUGUCGGGAUAAGAGUCUCGGUCGAUAGGGAAUCGAGGUUCGGAUUCACUUUAACCAGACAAGGGGGAUGGUUCGACGUGCUUGUGAACGGCGGCGGCGCAGUCACCCUCCAAUUCCAGCGUUCGCCAUUCAAACCUCUCACACGCACUGUCUUCGUACCAUGGAACCAAAUCGUGGUUCUACCCCCCGUCCAUAUGCAACUCAACGAAGAUUCCGACAUUUCCAACCUCCAGAACAGCUUCCUGAGUCGCAACCCCGCCAUCAACUUCCCGGGGGUUUCCCGCUCCUUGUUCACCCCCAACGGGGGACUACCCGCCACGUGUGAAGACCACGACCCGGAAGUGCUCAAGCCGGUUAUAACCGGGACUUGGAUGCCGGAAGCGGUCGGGGGAUUACCCGGACGGAGCGUUAUUUUCGCCGAAACGCAAAUCGUCCAAGAGUCAAUACCGAUUCCUGGCUCUGACUUACACCUGAUGUAUCAAAGUUCCCAAGCCACUGGCUACUUGAGUACUAUCUACAUGAGGCUAACUGGGCGCUUAAUCCCCAAAACUUUGACCCACGUCCAUGUGAGGGUCGAAGUGGAGGGUUCCCUCCACGUCAAGACUUACGAAGCAGAUCCGGACUUGUUGCACAUUUUCGCGUGGAAUAAACGCAAUGUUUACAAGCAGAAAGUGUACGGGAUUGCACAAGCCAAGGUUUCGAUCGGGUAUCAACACUCGAGUUGUCCCGAGCCGAUCUGGGAGACGCAAACGGCCGAUUUGAAAGGCUUCGAUGUGGAUAUUUCGGAUAUCGGGGGUUGGGGGUUGGACAUCCACCACCAUUACAACUUCCAUGAAGGGAUUUUGCAAAAGGGGGACGGCUCGACCUUACAUUUCAAACAGUACCCGAGGACUGUAAAUGUAGUCAUGGGCACUGGCCUCCAGAGGUCGCUUGAUUGUCCGGGUCAAUGCGGAGGACCGGCCAAAGACGCUAAAUUGUUAACACCAGGAUCGCUAGCUAGUGGUCCCGAUGGGAGUAUCUACGUCGGUGAUUUCAAUCUAGUCAGAAGGAUCACUCCCGAAGGAAAUGUCUACACUGUGCUUCAGCUAAGGGCUACGCAAGUCGCUUAUCAAUACUACCUGACCAUAUCACCCGCCGAUGGUCACUUGUAUGUCUCCGAUCCGGAGAAACACCAAAUUCUCAAAGUGUUGUCGUUGGAACCGGUCCAGGACCCGAGUAUCAACAGCGAACCGGUGGUUGGGAAUGGUGAAAGGUGUAUUCCAGGGGAUGAUAGUCAGUGUGGGGACGAAGGGCCGGCUAAAUACGCAAGACUUGCCCAUCCCAAAGGACUGGCAAUUGCCGCCGACAAAACCAUGUAUAUCGCCGAUGGGACGAACAUAAGAGCUGUGGAUCCUAAAGGGAUUAUCCACACACUGAUCGGCAAUCAUGGACACCACAACCACUGGAGCCCGAUACCUUGUCAUGGGGCUCUAGCCGCCAGUCAAGCGCAGCUGCAGUGGCCCACAGGCCUGGCCCUCAGCCCCCUUGACGGCUCCCUCCACUUUGUUGACGACCGCCUCGUCCUCAAACUCACCGCCGACAUGAAAAUCAAAGUCGUGGCCGGUGCCCCGUUACAUUGCCACCGUGAAGACAACACCACCAAGCCCCAAACUGACGAUGUCCUUGGAACAGUCCUCGCACUUGCUUUUUCACCCAACGGUGACUUCUACAUCGCCGAAUCCGACACUCGCAAAGUCAAUUACGUCCGCCUGAUCGACUCCUCGGGGAAAAUCACACACUUCGCUGGGAAAAUCCAAGACCGCAUUCGAAACAACUGUGAUUGUGCGGUUAAUGCAACCACAGUGAGUCCACGAGGGGGCGACCCGCCCCCAGCGUGCAUUUGUGGCAACACGGACGAAACGACCAGUAAUGCGGAGACGCUUUUAUCGUCAAAUGCCCGCUUCCAGGCCAUUUCGGCCUUGACGGUGUCACCAGGAGGCGUCCUCCAUGUGGCAGAUCAAGGCUCGCUACAUAUUCUGGCCUUGCAACAUUAUCUACCAACGCACGAUGAGAAUGGCGAGUUUAGAAUCCCCUACCCGGCAGCUGGGGAGAUUUAUGUUUUCAAUCGUUACGGCCAACAUGUCGCCACCAAAGAUUUGGCAAGCGAUAAAACACGAUACUCGUUCCUCUAUUCGAAAAACACGAGUUUUGGGAAAUUAUCAACGGUCACCGACAGUUCUGGGAAUAAAAUCCAGUUCUUGCGGGAUUACAGUAACGCGGUUAGUUCGAUAGAAAACACACAAGACCACAAAUCCGAACUCAAAAUUUCCGGAGUUGGGUAUUUGGUUAAAUUGUCGGAGAAAGGCCGCUCAGAGAUUGAGCUUGACUACGAUAUGAACUCUGGUCUUCUGACAAGUCGGUCAGGGGGUGGCGAAACCUUCGUCUAUCAAUACGACUGGAUUGGACGAGCCACCGGUGUGAUUCUAUCAAGUGGCGAAAGCCUCGAACUCACAUCAAAAAUAGCAGAAAACGAAGGUUUGGAAGUCACAGUUUCCAAACCCCCGACCCAGCUCACAGUCACCGGAAAAGCCAACAAAAAGGUCAUAAUGAUCGACAAUUCCGAAGUGACCGAAGCCGUGACCUUGACCAACUCCACCGUUUCGGUACUUUCGGCCUGGGGCGGGCGCAUGGAGAUCACCGCGGUGGCAAGACACCCCCUCUUGGAAGCGUCGCUUCCAGUGGAGGCCGAAAUGUUGCCAGUGUGGUCGGAGCAAAGCACGGUUUUCGGCGAAGACAUUCGGAACUUUAUGUCGACGAAGUUCAGUCUAGUUGGCGACGUGCGCAACCCGCAACAAACCCUAAACCGGGAGAUUUACGUCAACGGGACGAAAAUCCUAGGAAUUGAGUUUGAUCAGUUCACGAGUCGGGAGGUGUUCUACGACCAUGACAAACUGCCACUAUUGACAAUAACCUACGACCCGGCCGGGUUGCCCUUAGCUUACAUCCCCCACAAUGGGGCCGACACCCUCAACAUAUCAUACGACACGUUCAACCGAAUCGACGCCUGGAAGUGGGGGAACAGCGAGUUGAAGUACAGUUACGACAGGCAUGGGCUCCUGUCGGAGAUCACGAGCACGUUGGACGGGACGAAAAUGUUCACCUACAACGACUGGAACAUGCUGUCGAAGAUCACUCUAGCGAGUCAGAGGAGCUUCUCCUUGUCUUAUGAUGAUGACGGUGGCUUGCGCCACGUGGUGUUGCCAAGCGGGACCAGACAUUCUUUCAGCUUGCAACCCUCUUUGGGCUUCCUCCGGGUCACUUACACCCCCCCGGGGAGUCUCCGCGCGUAUUUGCAACACUUCUCCCACUCGGGGCAGCUCCUCCAGACGGUUUACCCCGGAGAAGGCGCCCGAGUGGUCUACCGCUACCACACCAAUGGCCGCCUCCGGGAGGUGGUCCACGGUGAUGGUAAAACCUUGUACCACUACUCCGAAACUUCCGGUUUACCAAGCCAAAUAUCACACGUUGAACCCGACCUAGAAUACCGCUGGGACUACCAAUACAUCGGCGGACUCCUAAUGGAAGAACGCAUCGACUUUGGUGCCAAAACCGGUCUCAGUAACGCGAAAUUUACCUACGACUAUGACAAUAAUUACCGACUUAUCGGGGCACAGGGCCGUAUCGGGGGCCAAAACCUCCCACAGUACAGUCUCGCCUACAACCUCAAAACCGGCGCUUUGGAAAUGAUCGGAGCUUUCAAAAUAAAUAAACCGAAAAGUAACGAGACGCAAGUCUACGACGGCACGGCGCUGUUUUCCCGAAGUGUCAAUUCACGCUUUCUGGAAACGCAAGUGGCGUUGACUAUCCAUGGCAUGGAGGUGUUCAGGAUGGAGUUUAACCAUGAUAUGCACGGGAGGAUUUCGCAAACACGGACGUACACUAGGAAUGUGGGAGUUAAUCCCUAUACCAACAUCAAGAAUUAUACGUGGGAUUGUGAUGGGCAGCUUUUGGGAGUGGAGGCGCAGGAGCCGUGGGGGUUCAGAUAUGAUGAUAAUGGGAACAUGUUGUCGCUGACUUAUAGGGGGAAUACCAUACCCAUGGAGUAUAACCCGAUGGAUAGGAUUAUUAAGUUUGGGGAAGGACAGUACAAGUAUGAUAGUCGGGGACUGGUUGUGCAGAAUGCAAGGGAGGAGAAGUUUCACUACAAUGCUAAAGGGUUACUGGUUAGGGCCACUAAAAGGGGGCGCUUUGAUGUGAGAUACUUCUACGAUCAUCUUGACAGAUUAUCAGCUCGUAAAGACAACUACGGCAACGUCACCCAAUUCUUCUACAAUAACGAAUACCGCCCUCGUGAAGUGAGCCAAAUCUAUUCACCCCGAGAUGGCAAACUCAUGUCACUCGUUUACGACGACAGAGGCCACCUAAUUUACGCCCAAGUCUACAGACACAAAUAUUACGUCGCUACAGAUCAAUGUGGUACCCCUGUCAUGAUUUUCAACCAGUAUGGCGAAGGGAUCAGAGAGAUAAUGCGGUCACCUUACGGACACAUUGUUUACGACUCCAACCCGUACUUGUACCUACCGGUGGACUUUUGCGGCGGCUUAUUAGACCAAGUGACCUCAUUGGUCCACAUGCCCAAUGGGAAGGUUUACGAUCCGCUGAUUGGACAGUGGAUGUCGCCUCUCUGGGAGGACGUCCUCGAAAGAGUCGCAACACCCACGCAGCUGCACCUGUAUCGGUUCAAUGGGAACGACCCCAUCAACAUGGGCGUGAAGCGCGACAGACCGACGGAUCACUUGGACUGGCUGGAAAAACUGGGCUUCAACUUGCAAAACCUGGCCCCUCAGCUCUUCCCCGACUCUCUUCCCGGCGGCCGAAUGCCGCCCCUCCUCACCCACCCGGCCACCUUCUGGAAUCCGUCCAAAGAAACCCUCAGCAGCCAAUUAACACUGCACGCGUCCUCCACCGACAUCCAGUCCGGUUUCCUCGCACACCUCAACACCCGCAAAAUGACCACAGCCAAAGACCUCUCCGCGCCGUCGAAAUCCGCGCUCAAGACCGACGUUAUGGACCUAGUGCCCAAAAAAAUCGGAGCCGCUUCGGACCCGCCGUUCGGGCGCGGCAUCCUGGUGUCGAAGUCCAGUCAAGACCAGGCGAUCGUUUCCAGCGUUCCGGCUGCUAAUGCCAUCUACCGGGACGUCUACACUUCGGUCUUCAACCGGUCGUUCCUGCUUCCGUUCACUUUCGUAGUACACAGUGCCCAGCAAGACGCCUUUUACUUUGUCAAGGAGGAGACGUGGAAGGCGAACGAUGAUAAAGGGCAGUUGAAGCGGUUGCAAGGGCAAGUCAAUACGACUUUUCACGAAAUCGCCAAGGAGAAUGGCAGUGGGAAUAAUUACUUCGAUGUGAAGAUACAUGGGGCUAAUGCUGUGGUGAACCUGAGGUAUGGGACGACAGUGGAGAAGGAAAAGCAGCGAUUGUUACACCAUGCCAAGUUGUCGGCUAUACGUAAAGCCUGGCACAAGGAGAAGGAAGCGCUGAAGAGUGGGUUUUCCGGCACCGUUGAGUGGACGUCUGGCGAAGUUGAGGAGUUGCUGAAGUUGGGCUACGUCUCGAAUUACGAAGGUGAUUACAUCCAUGACGUGCUAAUGUACCCCGAGCUGGCCGAAGACCCGUACAAUGUCAAAUUCACGAAGAAACAGAACGAAUCAAAGAAACGACGGAGGAAAAGGGAGAUGAAGUGCCAGGAGCGUUGGUGGUUUUCGUGGAGCGAUUUAUGCUAGUGACUAAGUGAAACAAUAUUCAAUUAACUAAGUGUGAUGUACCAAGCUUACAUGAAUAAUGUGAGACAUUUUAUACCAAUACCAAAGUCUAUUUGUGUAUGUACUUCAAAGAUGCCAAAAUGUAUAUUAUUUAUUUACGAUAUGUUACCUAUAUGUAUGUGAUUUAAGCGUCGGUGCGUGUCGAUCAGCCGAUUUUUUUUACCUACUUUUUGAGAUAUUGACUGACUUGCGGUCGAGUCGCAUCGAUCUUGUAAAUAUUCGCAACUAAUAGAUAUUUUAAAUGAGAAAAACAAAUUACGUGAAACGGAACAGCAUAGAACAAAAGCGGUAUUAUAAUACAAUUAGAGCUUUAAUAGCCCGAUUCGAACGAUGAGCCAUUAGCCAGAGGUAUCAGAAACUGUAAAUAUAGUCCAGUUAUUACCUUUUUAAUAAUUUUAAAAUUAAAUGAACGAAUUUAUCUUAGAUAGGCAAAGAAAAAUGAAAAAAUCAUUGAUAUGUAUGUUGUGUUGCUUUACUUAAUAAUUAUAAGAUAUCAUUGUGACUGAUCUAUGUUCAUGAUAGUAAAGCAAAACCUUAUCCGCUAUGUACCUUGCAGUCUUCUCACCAUACGUCACCGAAAUCGAAUUUUGUUACCAGACGAGGAAUAUGAGAAUAUAUAUUUUUACUCCGCCUGCCAGUGUAGUAUAUUUUGUGUGCUGUUGUUAUUAUUGGAUAUAUUUCAACACAAAAUGUACUAAUUUAAUGUCGAUAUAUGUUGUCAGACUGUCAUUCGCUGGGAUAUCAUUGUGUUAAAACCGAUGCUGUUCAUUAUACACUCGAUUUGUAUUCUGGUAUUUAUUUGUACAGUUGCUUUAUUUGUCCAUCGCUAAAUCGAUUAUAUUUUCAUUUAAUGGAAUCAUCUAAGUAUUAUAAAUGUUUUUGAAAUAAAGAAAUUGUUUUUUA